GGUGAGGAAGAUGAUGAUGCUGAAUCACGACAGGAAGAAGACAAGGAAGAAGUGAAAUGCUAUUCAAGAAGAAAGAUACUUUCCAACUGGAGCCGCUACGAGGAUACAGAAACAGAGGGACAGAGUGAACGUGGGGAGUCACAGAGAGGAACAGACUUCACAUUAUUACUAUCUUCUCAUGGCGAUUCCUUUACACAGUUCCGAUUUGCUGACGAGAAAGAAUGGGAUAAAGAAAGCAUAUACCAUAAGCAGUUCUCUGCACUUUCUGUUGACUGCCAGUCUUUGGUCCAGGCAGUUCAGGAAUUGCCUCUACAUCUGAGGUUGAAUGUAGCUGCUGAACUUGUGCAGGCAUCAACACCUGUAGAGCUUCCACAGAUGAAAGCUAAAAUUUUUGAAGAUGGCAAGAGGAGAGAGCAGCUGUUGCAACAGUCUCUGGCUCGGAGUGAAACUGUGUUGGUUUCCCAUCCUGUUGGUAUUUCUGUUGCUCCAUCAGAACCUGGAAGUAAAAAUGGUUCUACUGCAAAUACAAGAGAACCAUUUCAGACAGUCCAUCCACUAUCAAAGACAGAGACUGACCAUUUGGAUGAAGAACUGGAACUUCUCCUGAAUCUAGAGGCUCCCAUUAGUACAGAAAACACAUCUGUGACAGGUGGAUUAUCCUACAACAUAUCAACUCAGAAAGAUUUGAAAAUGGAUUGUAAGGAAACCGACCCUUUAAAAGUAGAUACACCUGAAGAGAAGAAUACAGCAUCACAGCAACAGCAAAGUACAUCUAAAGAUGUUACUGAGGAAGAGCUUGAAGAUUGGCUGGACAGCAUGAUUUCCUGAAGCUCAAAUUUUGCUUGUGAAUAUCUGAAUAUAGCAAACAUUAAAGAGAUACUUGAAUCUUUGUUUAUGCCUUUGUUAUUUCCUUUUUUUGUUCUGCUUUGUCCGGUAUGCCAAAUGCUGUGUUUUCUUUGCU